CUCGCACCCUCGCCGCCGCGGACUCCACCAAACCUGGACUCCGCCAUGGAAGAUGAAUAGGAUAAUCCACUCCUCCACCUCCAAAUUCCGCCACUUCCACCACCGCCACCGCCGCCCUCCCUCCUCCGCCUCCUCCCCCUAUUACCUCCUAUGGCGCCGCCGCAUCCUCGAGCCGGACAGCGAGAUCGUGACGCACUGGAACCAGGUCUUCCUCAUCACCUGCCUCCUCGCCCUCUUCAUCGACCCUCUCUACUUUUACCUCCCCUCCGUCGGCGGCCCCGUGUGCGUCGAGACCGACACCUCCCUCAAGGUCACGGUCACCGUCUUCCGCACGUUCGCCGACCUCUUCUACCUGCUGCACAUGGUCAUGAAGUUCAGGACCGCCUUCGUCGCGCCCAGCUCUAGGGUUUUCGGCCGCGGUGACCUCGUCAUGGAUCCGAGGGAGAUCGCGAUGAGGUACUUGAAGGCUGAUUUCUUGAUUGAUCUCGCCGCCACACUUCCCCUGCCUCAGAUUGUGAACUGGUUAGUAAUUCCAGCAACAAAAUCUUCAAGAGCUGACCAUGCUAACAACACGUUGGCUUUAAUAGUUCUUAUCCAAUAUGUUCCGAGAAUGUUUCUCAUUUUCCCGUUGAAUCAACGGAUUGUGAAGACUACUGGGGUCUUCGCUAAGACUGCUUGGGCAGGGGCUGCAUACAAUUUGGUUCUUUACAUUCUCGCAAGUCAUGUGAUUGGAGCCAGCUGGUACGUUUUAUCCAUGGGACGCCAAUUUAAAUGCUGGAAGACAGAGUGUGACAAGGAACAGAUCAUAUCUUGUCUUCCAAGUUUUCUGGAUUGUAGUAGUUCACAGCUACCUGAGCGCCAGUACUGGCUGAAUGUGACUCAUGCGCUCUCCAACUGUGAUCCUGGGAACCCAGACAUCCAAUUCAAGUUUGGGAUGUUUGCAGAUGCAUUUACUAAUGAUGUUGCAUCUUCACAUUUUAUUCAGAAGUACCUUUACUGUCUCUGGUGGGGUUUACAAAACUUAAGUUCAUAUGGACAGAAUCUGGAAACAAGCGUCUAUCUUGGCGAGACAUUGUUCGCCAUUUUUAUAUGCAUUGCUGGGCUAAUAUUAUUCUCGCUUUUAAUUGGAAAUAUGCAGACGUAUCUGCAAUCUAUGACGGUAAGAGUUGAAGAAUGGAGGGUUAAACGAAGAGAUAUGGAAGAGUGGAUGAGACACCGCCAAUUACCUGAAGACCUGCAGGAACGCGUCCGCCAAUUCAUUCAAUACAAAUGGCUGGCCACUAGAGGAGUUAAAGAAGAGUCUAUUCUGCAAUUGUUGCCCUUGGAUCUCCGGCGUGAAAUACAACGGCAUCUCUGCCUCAACCUUGUUCGCCGUGUCCCAUUUUUCGCGCAAAUGGACGAUCAGCUUCUCGAUGCCAUAUGCGAACGCCUAGUCUCAUCUCUGAGUACCCAAGGCACCUACACCAUGCGAGAAGGAGAUCCAGUAAAUGAGAUGCUGUUCAUCAUUAGAGGACACUUGGAGAGCUCCACCACCAACGGAGGGAGAUCCGGCUUCUUCAACUCAAUCACUCUUAGACCCGGCGACUUCUGCGGCGAGGAAUUGCUUACCUGGGCCUUAAUGCCGAACCCAAGCCUAAACCUUCCUUCUUCGACUCGGACCGUGCGAGCCCUCUCCGAAGUCGAAGCUUUUGCACUCGGAGCGGAAGACCUCAAGUACGUGGCUAAUCAGUUCAAGCGUCUCCACAGCAAGAAACUUCAGCACGCCUUCAGGUACUACUCUCACCAAUGGAGGACUUGGGGUGCUUGCUUCAUACAAGCUGCUUGGAGAAGGCACGUAAAGAGAAAAUUAGUGAAGGAGUUGGCCAUGCAAGAGAACGUAUACUAUAUGAAGAUGGAAGACCUGGACGGUAAUUACGACGGCACUUAUGAGGACGAGACAGAGAAUGCUCAUGCCCAGCACCUCGGAGCCACCGUCUUGGCCUCAAAAUUCGCUGCGAAUACGAAGAGAGGCGUCAAUCAUAGGGUUCAAAUUGUUGAUCCUACUGCCACCAGCUUGAAAAUGCCCAAAAUGUUCAAGCCAGACGACCCUGAUUUCUCCCUAGAUCAUGAUGAUGUAUAG